UCCUCUCUCUCUCCCUCUUUUGUCCUACUUCUUCCCUUCCUUCCUCUCUGUAGCUCUCUGUCCCUGACUCUGUUUGUAUCGGGACUGGGGUUUAAAGCCAGGCGCACCCCCUUUUGUCUUCUGCCUUCUGAGAUCGGGCCCCCCUAACUCACGAAGUUGCCCGGGCUGCGCUCAGCCUCGCCAUCCUCCUGCCUCAGCCUCCCAGAGUGCUGGGAUCACAGGUGAGAACCGCCACGCCCAGCCUGCGGGAUUUUUUUCCCUCCCAACAAGGGCUUCCUGAGUCAUCGCACACCUGUGCCAGGCGGGCGCGGCUGGUGUUGUAUCAGAAGCGGAAAUGCUGCGAGGUAGGCAUCCCGGGCGGGGCCUAACCCCGCUGAGCUGUUCAACUGCGUCUCUGUGACGUGGGCUCCAGGCCAGGCGGCGACCCUUUAGACUCCAGUGAUUCACACACUUUCCCCACUGCUUUGGACUCUUGCAUUUGUCCGAUUCAUACCUGGAGAAGGGGUCAUGUGCCUGUCACGGUAGCCCAGGCCUGUGGGUCCAGCUGCUCAGGAGGCUGAGGUAGGAGGAUCACAAGCUUGAGGCCAGCCUGGGUCAUGUAGUGAGACCCUGUCCCGAAAGAAAACGUGAAUCCACUUUUACAAAAGGGUUGGGGUGUGGCUCAGCGCGACAUCCCUGGGUCCGGUCACCAGUGCCACCAAAAGAAAAGGAAAGAACAGCGAGAAGCUUCCCUCAGCGUCGCUGUCUCCUGCCUUUAGGCGCCAGGCUGGGCCUACUUCCUGGGCGCGCUGGGCCUGCUCACCUACCAGUCCCUGGACGCCGUGGACGGGAAGCAAGCCCGGAGAACCAACUCCUGCUCCCCGCUGGGGGAGCUGUUCGACCAUGGCUGCGACUCUCUCUCUUCAGUGCUGAUGGCUGUGGGUGCCUCGGUGGCCGUGCGCUUGGGCACGCACCCCGACUGGCUGUUCUUCUGCUCCUUCGUCGGAAUGUUCAUGUUCUACUGCGCACACUGGCAGACCUACGUGUCGGGCGUGCUGCGAUUUGGGAAAGUGGAUGUGACUGAGAUCCAGGUGGCCUUGGUGAUCAUCUUUAUCUUGUCUGCAUUCGGUGGAGCCUCGAUGUGGGACUAUACGAUACCCAUUCUAGAAAUAAGACUGAAGAUCUUCCCAGUCCUCGGCGUGGUAGGCGGAGCAAUAUUUUCCUGUUCAAAUUAUUUCCAUGUCAUCUUCCACGGUGGUGUGGGCAAGAACGGGUCCACUAUCGCGGGCACGAGCGUGUUGUCGCCUGGACUUCCCAUCGGACUCACCCUGGUCCUGGCAGUAAUGAUCUACAAAAAGUCAGCCACGAACGUGUUCGAAAAGCACCCUUGUCUUUAUACCCUGAUGUUCGGGUGUGUCUUUGCUAAAGUUGCGCAAAAACUAGUGAUUGCUCACAUGACCAAAAGUGAACUGUAUCUUCAGGACACUAUCUUUAUCGGGCCAGGUCUUCUGUUUCUAGACCAGUACUUCAACAAUUUUGUAGAUGAAUAUGUUGUUCUGUGGGUAGCAAUGGGCUUGAAGUCAGGUCCUUGAGCCUGCGAGAGACUUUGAAACUACGUGUAAGCAGCCCCGUGUCUGUGUAUGGCCCUCGACAAGAGGGCAUCGUGUCUUACUACGGUCACAAAGGCUAAAUUCUGAUGGACUGUACCCUGCUUAAGCAGGGAUGUGGAUAAUAUUGAUUUCUAUCCAGAACGAUUGUGAAAUACAGAAUGUUGCCUAAGAGAAACACGGUCAGCUAAGGACGUCAUUACUGAUUAACGCUUCCCUCACACAAUCAGAUAACGGAGAAUUUAAGUUUUUGUGCUAGUAAGACAUGUCUUUCUGGUUGGGUUGGCCUUCGGCUGAUGGCGGUUUUGAAUAGUUUUGCCACGUUUUUUCCUAUGUGUGGAUCUCGCUGGCCUUCUCCAAGUUGAGAGCCACACGCAAGUACAUAGCGAUCUUGUCAGUGCCGCCCGCAUGAGCCUUGGUGAUUCACGCAGUCUCCCACCACGUUGGACUUCAGAGCUUAACAGCGGUGCACAGAGGGCACUGGAUAACCGUACACCGCCCCGUGUCACUCCGCAGUCAGUAACUGCAUACUCGUGGUGAAGUGUGGUCCUCCGGGCGUGGAAUCUGGUGUUUGAGCCCUGCCUUUACCU